AUGUCAACUAAACCUACCGUCGCCUACUGGAGCGUUAGGGGUAGGGGUCAGUCCAUACGGUAUCUCCUAAAGUAUGCCGGAGUCGACUUCAAUGAAAAGCGCUAUGAUCCGGCAAACAAAGAGACCUGGUACACGGAUAAGCCUAACUUAGGUCUGGAUAUCCCAAAACUUCCCUAUUAUAUGGAUGGAGACAUAAAACUGUCCCAAAGUCUGGUGAUAAUGAGAUACUUGGCGCGAAAGCACGGACUGGUGGCCAGGGAUGACCCCACACUCGCCCGGCAAGAGAUGGUUGAGCAACAACUCUAUGACAUGUUUAAGGGUUAUAUCACGGCUUUGAUCGAUACUGGCGACGAUGACGCCAAAUGGAAAGACUAUUGCACCGGUACUCUAAUGCAACAGUUGACUCUAUUGGUGAAGUUCUUGGGGGAUAAGCAGUGGCUGACCGGACAGUUGUCUUACGUGGACUUCUUGGCCUACGAGAUACUGGACGGUAUGAGAGCGUACGUCCCACCGGUCGUUGAUAAGUGUCCCACAAUUAAGCAGUAUUUGGAUCGCUUCGAAGCACUUCCACCCAUUAAAGCCUACCGGAGCUCAUCUGAGUUCAUAUCGUGGCCAAUAUCGGGGAUGUCAUUCAAAAGGGAGCCUAAAAUUAAUGUUAAAUAA